CACUAGACUAGGGAAUGCCCGAUAAGCAGAUGUUUAAGAGUUGUCAGGGUUGGGCAUGAUGGUCUGAGGCGCCUCAGAUUUGAGCAUCUAUUGAGCACCUACUGUGUGCAUAGGGAUAUACUUAAAUCGUGUCAAAAGCUCUUGGUGCUGAGGACCUAGGCAGUCGGCUUGAAAUUCUGGAUUCAUUUCCUACAGAAGUCUUGUGAGGCUCCUGCACAGAUAGAGCGAUGAUUGUACAGAGAGUAGUAUUGAACUCCCGACCUGGGAAAAAUGGAAAUCCAGUGGCAGAGAACUUCAGGAUGGAAGAAGUCAGUUUAGCAGAUAAUAUCAGUGAAGGACAAGUUCAGGUCAGAACUCUCUACCUCUCUGUGGAUCCUUACAUGCGCUGUAAGAUGAACGAGGACACCGGCACUGAUUACUUAGCGCCCUGGCAGCUGUCUCAGGUGGUUGACGGUGGAGGUAUUGGAGUUGUAGAAGAGAGCAAGCACAUACAUUUGGCUAAAGGCGAUUUUGUGACUUCUUUUUAUUGGCCCUGGCAAACCAAAGCCAUUCUAGACGGGAAUGGCCUUGAAAAGGUAGACCCACAACUUGUGGGUGGACAUCUUUCAUAUUUUCUUGGAGCUAUAGGUAUGCCUGGUCUGACUUCCUUGAUUGGGGUGCAGGAGAAAGGUCACAUAUCUGCUGGAUCCAAUCAGACAAUGGUUGUCAGUGGAGCAGCGGGUGCCUGUGGAUCUUUGGCUGGGCAGAUUGGCCACCUGCUUGGCUGUUCCAGAGUGGUGGGAAUUUGUGGAACGCAUGAGAAAUGCCUCUUUUUGACUUCAGAACUGGGGUUUGAUGCUGCAAUUAACUAUAAAGAAGGGAAUGUGGCGGCACGGCUCCAAGAAUCAUGCCCAACUGGAGUGGAUGUCUACUUUGACAAUGUUGGUGGUGACAUCAGUGAUACGGUGAUAAGUCAGAUGAAUCAGAACAGCCACAUCAUCCUGUGUGGUCAAAUCUCUCAGUACAAUAAGGAUGUGCCUUACCCUCCUCCACUGUCCCCUGCUGCAGAAGCAAUCCAGAAGGAAAGAAACAUCACAAGAGAGAGAUUUACCGUGCUAAACUAUAAAGAUAAGUUUCAGCCUGGACUUCUCCAGUUGAGUCAGUGGUUUAAAGAAGGAAAGCUAAAGAUCAAAGAGACUGUGAUAAAUGGAUUGGAAAACAUGGGAGUUGCGUUCCAGUCCAUGAUGACCGGAGGCAACAUCGGGAAGCAGAUCGUCUGCAUUUCAGAAGAUUUUUCUCUGUAGUCUGCGUAUCUUCAUCAAGGAAGUCCUACAUUUCCUACUGUGCACAAAGAUUCUUAAGACACAUUUAAAAAAUAAUCUUACAGCCGGGCGGUGGUGGCGCACGCCUUUAAUCCCAGCACUCGGGAGGCAGAGGCAGGCGGAUCUCUGUGAGUUCGAGACCAGCCUGGUCUACAAGAGCUAGUUCCAGGACAGGCUCCAAAACCACAGAGAAACCCUGUCUCGAAAAACCAAAAAAAAAAAAAAAUCUUACAGUACAGAAUUAAGUGUAAUUGUAAUAUUUUUUAGUUACAUAACCUUAUUUUCAAUAUCAUAUAUUAACUAUAUAUCUAACAUGUGAUUGUUAACCAUAAUACAAUGGUUCUCAACCUGUGGGUUGUGACCCCCUUUGGAGUCACUACCAGAUAUCCUGCAUAACGGAUAUUUACAUUACAAUUCAUAACAGUAGCAAAAUUAGUUAUGAAGUUGCAAUGAAAUAAUUUUAUGGUUGUGGUCCUGUGUUAAGGUGAGGAACUGUGUUAAAGGUCGCAGCAUCAGGAAGGGUGAGAAGCACUGCCACAAUAGAUUUGGUAUCAUCUGUUUUUCUCUAUUUUAUUUUCGAGACAGGGUCUCAAAUACGAAGUCCACACUGGCCUCGUACUUGUGAUUCUUGUGGCCUGUCUCCUGAGUGCUGGGAUCACAGGCAUGUACCACUAUACCUGACUUAUUUUCCUUGUAAUAAUAAUUAUUUUGGAGGUGGGUCUGUUAGUGUAGCUCAGGCUGGACUGAUUCCUCAGGUUCCCGGCUGCUAAUUAUCUCUGGGGUUCCAGGCACGUGUUACUCACUAUACUCGGCUGAUUUUGUUAAAACUCAUGUUACAUAUAUUUGUAUCAAAUAUUUAAAAACUCCUGGAUAGUUAAUACAACUGUUAAUUGAUCAUAUGUAGACAUAUCUUUAAGUUAUUUUAAAAACUAAGUGAAAACUCUAAUUCUAAGUCAGAAGCGGUUAACAUCUGUUGAACUGGGGAAAUUUUUAACAUCAUUCUUAAAGUGAGAGUAUUAGGAUUGCGACGGGCUUUCCAUAUGUCACAUGGAAGAGAGACUUAAAGCCUAUGUACCUAUGUGUCUUGUCUGUCUAUACACCACAUGCAUGCCUGAUGCCUGCAGAGGCAAAUAGGGCACUGGAUCCCUUGGCCCUGGAGAGAGUUUUGAGCCACCAUGUAGGUGCUGGGUUCUUGAAUGCAGGUCCUCUGGUAGAGCAGCUGCUGAGCUAUCUCUCCAGCCUGCCCAAAGAGAGGCUUUUAAUGGUAAGCACGGAGGGUUGGGGGCAGCAUUGGGAGUAUCAGACUGAGGAACAGUUUAGGGGCUGGAGCGGUAUGAAAAGAUGAACAACGUCAUCUGGGUUGGCGAGACGCUCAACAGAUCACAUUUACACCCAGCAGGCUUGUGUUCUCCCAAAUUACUGACUACGUAGCAAGCCUAACAAAAGCUUGUGUUAACUUUAGGAAUAUUUUUGAGACAGUCUGUAAUGUAGCUUGCUAUGUGUAAUUCAGGCUGCCCUGGAAUUUACAGAUCUCUAGCUGCCUGUCGACCUCUGGAGUGCUAGUGUUAAAGGCCUGUACUUUGGGAAACUUUGGAGGGCAAGUAGAUAUAAACAUCACUUGGAAUUUUAUUGAUUAAAGUGGGUAGGGGGAGUGAUCAGGGCAGAACACUGUUCAGUAUUCUGGGGGCCUUAAUUCCCAGUAGCAACCCCCACUCCCAACUCGCCCCAAGUAAAAAAGCUUAAGAAAAUGGUGGCGAUGGUGGCGCACGCCUUUAAUCCCAGCACUCGGGGGGCAGAGGCAGGUGGAUCUCUGUGAGUUCGAGACCAGCCCGGUCAACAGAGUAGUUCCAGGACAGGCUCCAAAAGCUACAGAGAAACCCUGUCUCAAAAAACCAAAAAAAAAAAAAAAAAAAAAAAAAAAAGAAAAAGAAAAAGAAAAAAAGAAAAGAAAACAAAAGCUUCAGAAAAUGAUAGGACAAAGUAAACUAACCAAUGGUUGUAGACAUGAAUAUUCCACAUAUAUUGAUGUUUUUAUUAAUUGUAACUCAACUUUUAGAAAAGUAAAAUUGAAAUUGAAGAUGUUUUCUAAGUGUGAUUUAAGACACUUUUUUACACAGCCAAUGUAUUUUAUAGGUGACACUUGUAAUAAAUAUAUUCAAACUGUAUUAGUAAUCACUCAA